CCGUGUGAUCGAUCUUCGCCAUGGGCGAAACGGGCGGCCUUCUGACGACGACCUGGAAUGCUGAGGAGCUGCGGCGGCUUGCAGCCCAGCCACGCCUGGCCGUCGCCAGGAUCAGCGCACUGGGUCGGCAGAGCUGGCAGGCAGGACUCAGCUUUCUGCGGGCGCUGCACGGGCAGAGUUUGGAGCGGCACCUCUACAGCUACAGCGCAGCCCUGAAGGGUCUGGAGAGUGGACAGUGGCAGCAAGCGCUCGGUUUGCUGGACGAGCUUCUGCGCUUGGAGCUGGAGCCCGACAGCAUGGCCUUUCAUGCAGCAAUGCGUGCCUGCAAGGACGAGUGGACGCAGGCCAUCUCUUUGCUGGACCUCUUCCGAGCGCGGCGGCUCCGAGCCAGCGCCCUCACCUUCACGGCCUGCGCCAAAGCCGUGAGCGCGACGCGCGCCUGGCGCGCCGCGGUGGCGCUGGCGCAGGAGGCGGUGGACAUGGGCCAAAUGGACACCAUCCUCCUCUCCAGCGUGCUGUCGUCCGUGCCUGGGGAGGCUUGGACGUUGGCCCUGCAGCUGCUGAACACGAGGAGGGUGGCGUUAGAUGCCGGGGCCUACGUCUCGGUGAUGUCGGUCUGUGAGAAGGCCUCCCAAUGGACGGCGGCGCUGGACUUGCUGAGUGCGCUGCUGCGAGCUGCCUUGCAGCCGGAGGGCGCGGCCUACAGCAGCGCCAUCAGCUCAUGCGGGAAGGCGGAGCAGUGGGAGCGUGCUUUGCAGCUGCCGCGCGGCGAUGCGGCCGCCGCCGCCGCCGCCGUUCUUGCGCUGGAGAGGGGCAGCCAAUGGCAGGCCGCGCUGGGACUCUUCCUCAACAUGCGGUCGCAGGAGCGCAGCGAGCUCGGCUACUUGGCCGCCUUCGGGGCCUGCGAGAAGGGCACGCGCUGGCGCAUGGGCCCGCAGCUGCUGUCGGCCAUGCAGCAGCAGCUGCUGCGGCCGGCGGCAGUGGCCAGCACCGCGGCUGUGGCGGCCGUGGCAGAGGAGUGGCCACAGGCGGUUCUGCUGCUGGCCGGCAUGCGGCGCCGGGCGGUUUGUGACGCCUCCCCGGCCUUCAACGCGGCGCUGGGGGGACUCGCGGGACUCACGGAGUGGCAACUGGCGCUGGCCAUGCUGUGGCGGAAGCAGCAGCUGUCGCUUCCGAUGAAGGGCAUGAACUUUGGCGCUGCGGUGAGCGCCGCCAAUGGGGCGCGCCAAUGGCGGCAGGGGGCCAAGCUGCUGGCGAGCGCCUGGGAGGUCUGGGGCGGCCUUUCCGCGGAAGAUGCAACGGAGUCCGGCGGCGUUUGGGAAGGAGUCGAGAUCUUGGCCAAGGGUCCAGGGCUGGUGGCCAUCAACAAGCCUUCAGGUGUCAGCACGGAGGCUGUCCUGGCCAAGCUGCCAGUAGCUGCUGUGUCGAGGCUGGACAAGCCCACCUCAGGGGUGCUGGUGGCGGCGCUGGGCUCCGACUGCUCUCCGGCCUUCCAGCUGGCCAGCGCCCAGUUCUCGGCCCGGUCAGUGGUGAAGGAGUACCUUUGCCUGUGCCACGGCUCGCUGGGCGCGCCCGGCGCGCAAGGCCGCACGGCCCGGCCCCUGCUGCGGGACUGGGCCUCCGGGCGCAUGGCAGGCGACGGAGGCGGCGGGGCGGCGGCAGCUACCGCCUUCGAAGUCUUGGAGGUCUUUGGUGGGCCAGGAGCCUUGACCCUGCUCAAGGUGACGCCGGAGACGGGCAGAAGGCACCAAAUCCGAGUGCACUUGGCGAGCUUGGGGAGGCCGAUUGUCUCGGAUCCGCUCUACGGCUCUGAGGAUCCUUGGUGCCCGCAGCUCUUCUUGCAUUGCCGCCGAACCGUGCUGCUGGAUGCCGCCGGAGGCCGCUUCGCCGCGGAGGCCGGGUUGCCUGCCGCCCUCGCGGCGCUGUUGGCGCAGCUGCGAGGUGGCGAAUUCAAAGCGAGUGAAAAGCGAACCAACAGCUGAUUAGUGCGGAUCGAAGGUGGAGUAUGGGUAUCGUGAUUCACCAAAUCCAUUCGCGCCA